AUGGCUUUCGCAAGAUUCAUUGCCCAAAUAAUCAGGUUGAGAGCGCAUUUCCCUGAUUAUGCCAUAAAGAAAGUCAGGCUUGAUAAUGCUGGUGAAUUCACUUCAGCAGCCUUUAAUGACUUUUGUAUGUCUGUGGGAAUCGAUGUUAAACAUCCGGUUCCGCACGUUCAUACGCAAAAUGGCAUGGCUGAGUCAUUAAUAAAGCGGUUGCAGUUAAUUGCAAGACCGUUAAUCUUGAGAACAAAACUCCCAAUCACUGUAUGGGGACAUGCAAUAUUGCAUGCGGGAGCCUUGGUUCAAGUGAGACCAAGUGCUUAUAAUGAAUUUUCGCCCAUACAGUUGGCAUUUGGAAAUAUUGCCAAAUAUAUCCCAUCUCCGGGUAUUCGGGUGUGCGGUCUAUAUCCCAAUAGCGCCACCACAGAGAUCAAAAAUGGGACCACAGAGGAGAUUGGGAAUAUAUGUCGGGUUCUUGUAGAACCUGAUAAAGAGGUUCGUCAAGAUGACGAACCUGAGGGAUUUAAGAUCCCGAAAGGAUCAAAGAUGCUUGAAGCAUCUAAAGGGCUUUGUUCGGUCAAACUCCAGCGAUCACUUUACGGAUUAAAACAAUCCGGCCGCAUGUGGUACAAUCGCUUAAGUGAAUACUUGUUGAGUAAAGGUUACGUCAACAAUGCGAUAUGUCCAUGUGUGUUCAUAAAGAAAUCCUCAACGGGUUUUGUGAUCAUUGCUGUGUAUGUUGAUGACCUGAACAUGAUUGGAACUCAAAAGGAAAUUGAUGAUGCAAGAACUCAUAUGAAAGAUGAGUUCGAAAUGAAAGAUCUUGGAAAGACAAAGUUUUGUCUUGGGCUCCAGAUAGAGCAUUUCCAAGAUGGAAUAUUUUUGCAUCAAUCAAAUUACACCAAAAGGGUGUUAAAGCGCUUUUAUAUGGAUAAAGCGACUCCUUUGAGUAGUCCAAUGGUCAAUAGAUCGCUUGAUGUUAACAAGGAUCCAUUUCGACCUAUUGAAGAUUCUGAAGAAAUGUUAGGUCCUGAAGUACCUUACAUGAGCGCCAUCGGGGCACUUAUGUAUCUUGCAAAUUGCACAAGACCAGAUAUAGCUUUUGCUACUAAUCUGCUUGCAAGAUACAGCUCAUCGCCUACCAGAAGACAUUGGAACGGAAUAAAACAUAUAUUCCGUUAUCUUCAAGGUACGAUUGAGUUUGGAUUAUAUUAUUCAAGAAACCCCGAGGUUGGUUUAGUUGGUUUUGCAGAUGCUGGCUACUUGUCUGAUCCGCAUAAAGCUCGAUCGCAAACCGGUUAUGUUUUUACAUACGGUGGAACCGCGAUCUCCUGGCGUUCCCAAAAACAAACUUUGGUUGCAACGUCUUCAAAUUAUGCAGAAAUCAUUGCUCUCCAUGAAGCAUGUAGAGAGUGUGUAUGGUUGAGAUCUUUGAUCCAACAUAUACAAGAAGCCAGCGGAGUAUCUACAAAGAAAGAGCCAACAACUAUCUACGAAGACAAUUCUGCAUGUGUCACUCAACUCAAAGAAGGUAUAUCAAGAGCGACAGGACAAACACAUCCUCCAAGAUUUUUCUCUUACACUCAAGAACUUGAAAAGAAUCAAGAAGUGGAUAUUCAGUAUGUUCGCUCAAGUGACAAUGCAGCUGAUCUCUUCACAAAGGCGCUUCCUACUACAGUGUUCAAGAAGCAUGUUCAAAGUAUUGGAAUGCCGUCUUCAAGAUUUGUGAAGAGAAGACCAUAUCUAUUUUUCAGGGGGAGUUUGCUUCGGUACUCUUUUUCCUUUCAUGGUUUUUAUCCCAUGGGUUUUUCCAUGAUAAGGUUUUAA